AUGGCAACAGCCACUGGAGAGCAGAAGCAGACUGCAGAGUCAAGUACCUGGAACAUCAGAGAGCACGACAGCAAGCGAGGUGACAAAAUAAUAGCAGCAAAGGGAUUAGCUCCACGAGCGGUGGAUAGAGCAACGGCUGAAACUGCAGGAGCAACAUCCACAGCAGCAAUUGCUGGCGCAACUAGCACAAAAGCAAGCUCUGAGAGAAAUCCAACAGCUGCAACAACCACAGUCUUCAGUGUGCAGCAAACAGGUCAAAAUAACCAGCAGCAACAGGAGCAACAGCAGCCGCAAGAGGAGGGAGAUGAGGAUAUCCCGCAGUCCCUGGCACACCUCGUCGCAGCCGCAUGCCUACUUGAACAGGAACCUGCCAACCUCAACAUGGCCCUUCAACUAGCCACGAUACUGGCAAUGCACCCAUCUUUGAGGCAGCUACUGAGGCCUUUGCUGCAAGUGCAUCUGCAGCAACAGCUGACACACCUGGGUGUACUGGUAAAAGAGACAACAGACUCUAAGGAGAGGCAUCUGCAGCAGCAAACGGCUGCUCAGAUUACUGUACUUCUCUCUACACUACAGCGGAAAGGCAGCAUUGCACCCACCACAGCAGGAACGACGGCAGCAGCAGCAAAAGCAGCAGCAAAAGCAGCAGCAGCAGCAGCAGCAGCUCCCUCUGCCGACGUAGCC